AUUAAUUUAAAAACCUUCAAUACAAACCGGAAGCCCUAAACAAUAUGUGGAGAACCCCAACGAUUGAAGGGAGAACACAAGUGAGAACAGACGAGAGCAAAAGUGCUCAGCAAAUACAAUACGAGUAUAAAGUGAAAAUGAGUGCGAAGACACCAAGUGAAACAAGGAACUACUUCUACUGAUCUUUUCUAGGUUGUGACGAUCUUUCCUUCCUCUACUUCAAGCCGGAGCCUUUUUAUUCAUGCAGACCAUGGGGCCUGGUCCACGUCUAAGCCGAAGACAAUACAUCUUCCGCGAACAUUUUUUCGAAUUGAGUAAAAUCGUACGGGAAUUGAAAAGAUAGCAUGGCAAAACACAACAAAGCAUUAACCAAAAAAAUGUAGGAUAUUAAAAAGGAAAUUAAAAAAAAAAUCAGAGAAAUCCUUAAACACGCAAUUCCAAGAAUUUAGAAACGUGCCAAUCGCCAAAAAAGAAAAAAACAAUAAAAAAAUCUGAAGUAAGAAAAAAAUAAAAUAAAAAGGAAGAACAAAUAAAAAUUAUUAAAGAAAAAAUAGAAAAAUCAACGCUAACGAAAAGCAACGCAAUGAAUUGAGAUUUCGCUUAAAAAUCACUAAACACAAAAUAAGGGAAAGCAAAAGCUAGAAAACAGCGCGAACGAAAAGUGAGAGCAAAACAAUACACGCAUCAGCACAAAAAAAAAAAAUUAGAAAAAAACCAAAAAAGAAAAAGUGAAAAAAUUUUAAACUCAAUGAACGAGAAAUUAUCACUGCCAGCAGCUACACCCAUUGAACAGCAGCAGCUGCAGCAGCAACAACACCAACAGCAGCACAAAUUGCUUACCAACACUUGUGCGACCAUUGACCAUACAGAUUAUCACGGAUUCCAAAAAGGCGGAACAUCGCCUCCAACAACAGCAGCAGCAGUAGCAACAACAACAACAACAACAACCGUAUAUAAAUACGAAAGCAACAACAGUAAUAAUGUCAAUGCGAGUGAAAUCGAUGUGAGCUAUGGCGAGACAGCAGCUGCAAGUGAAUAUUGUGCGGCAAGCGGAGGGGGAACAGGCGGCGCCUCCAUUGUUGCUGGCAGUGAAUUGUAUCGUUAUGUGUCGGUAGCAAGUUUAGAUGGCGUCGUCGCUGGCACUGGUACAAAAAUGUUGGCGAGCAUAGAUGCUUAUGUCGCACCCGCACCAACCACCACCAGCACCAGCACCACCGCCACCGCCAAAUCUAUCGGCGCGCCAACAAUUCUAAAAAUUAGCCACACGCCUGGCAAUCUCAGCAUUGUUGGCAGUGGCAGCGGCAGUGGCAAUGGCAGCAAAGGUAGCAAUAUGAAUAGUCCACACAAACAGCAGUCCGUGGGACCACAACGGGACAACUUUUGCGGUUGCUUUGGUGGCAGUGGAGGUGGUGGUGCGGCUGAUGCCAAAGCAGGCGUUCGGUGUGAGUUGGAUUCUGGCGAUAAGCAGCAAUUGCCAGCGUUGACUUUUUGGCCUGCAUUGUUUGCCAAUUUGGGUAUUUGUACGCUGCUGCUGGGUUAUCUUCUCGUUGGUUCAUUUCUAUUCCUCACCAUAGAAACUUCCGGUGAUGGUGGCAGCGCAGCGGGUGUUGUCAGUGAUCCAAAUGCCUGGUCAUACGCACAAAAUGCAUACAUAUCGACACAACAACAGCAACAGAAGCCGAAACCGCAAGCCAGUUUUACUGGCGCACAUUCAAAGUUAUACAAAUCCAGUGAACCGUUAUUGGAUGUGACAACCACAACAGCAGAUGGAGGAGGGGGAGGCGGCGGAGGUAGCGGAGUAGGUGAGCAGUUGCAAAGCGCUGCUGCUGUGGCUAGCAGCCAACCGCACCACGAAAGUAGCAUGAGUAUAAGCAGUAGUAGUAGUAGUAAUAGUACUAACAACUUCCACAUGAACACGCCCCCAACAAUGUGGCACGCGACAAGGGCAAACAGUACCCAACAUGCGGGGGCGCACUUUGAUGUGACGGCAGCGAAAGCGGAGGAAACGGAAACAUACAUUGACAACAGGCAUGCCAGCAAGUUGUCGCCGUCUUCCAACAACAUGCUGCUACAACUACAACAGCCAAAUGACGAGCCCGCCGUUGCAGCCUCAGCACCAGCCAAGGCUACAUAUGCAACACUGCGACAUGCGAUGGUUGUAGAGGCGCAAGCCUAUCGUGCGGCUGCCUUGGCCAUUGGCAAUGACAUUAACGGCGCUGAUAUUGAGUUGGAGCCCGGUGUCAUCGGUGAGGGUGUUAGAGCAGGUGCAGCUACUGGUGCUGGCAUCGCAAAUGUAGAUGGUUACGGUUAUGGAGAUGUGGAUUAUGAAAUGGCUGAUAUGGCUGGGGCGGCUGGUGGUGCUUGGGGUGGUGAGAAUGUGGCAUUGCAGCGUACAGUGGAGAAUAUUUGGGAUAUAACGGUUUCAUUGAAUAUACUCUACAAGGAGAAUUGGACCAAAUUGGCUGCCUUGGAGAUUAAUAAAUUUCAGGAUCAAUUAGUCAAACGACUUGUCAUGGAUUUAACACUUUCACCGGCGAUGGCGAACGGUGGCAGCGUUGAUGCAGCUAUAGGAACAACAACAACAGCAUUGCGUGAUGCACAUUCAAGGCAACAACAACAACCAUUUGAUUAUCAUAGCAUGGAACCGAAAACAAGUAAACAUUACGGCAAUGAAGGACACACAGAAGGACAACAACAACACAAACAACAACAGCAGAUGCAACAUCGUGAACGUUAUUGGCAGUUACAAGCGGCAAGACAACGUCAAUGGCAAUUACAACAGCAGCAACAACAAUUUGAAUGGAAUUUCGCCACAUCCUUUUUGUAUUCGCUUACCGUAGUGACAACAGUGGGUUACGGCACCAUCACACCGCGCACCACACUCGGUCGAAUGGUGACAAUCGUGUAUGCCACAGUGGGUAUACCGCUCACGCUGGUCUAUCUCUCGAGCAUCGGCAGCAUACUUGCCAAAUUGGCCAUCGGUUUUUGUGAGCGCCUACUUUGUUGUUGCUUCUGCCACAGCAGCACGAGUAAACGACACACCAUCUGCGGUUUUAGUCGACAGCAGGUAUCUGAUAAGAAAUGUAAUCUUAAGUUACAACAACUACAAAAACAUCAUCAACAACAACAACAGCACGCGACAAGCACAGCGCAGCAACAACAAACUGGCCAGCAGCCAAUGCAAGCAGCACAUCUGCCAUACUGCUACGUGCGUCCACCAGCCGACGAGACGCUCAGCUACGGCGAGCAUUCACCACUCUCCGCAAAUUCUACACGAGCACGCGCACACGUACUCCGCUGGUCGUUGGCCCUCCCUAUCAGUUUUUGUGUACUCCUUUUGCUCGCCUAUGUGUGCUUCGGUUCGUUGGUCAUUGCGCUGCUGGAGCAGUGGUCACUCUUCGAUGGCGUUUACUUUUGUUUCAUGAGUUUGACUACUAUCGGGUUUUGUGAUCUGUUGCCGGGCGUACAUGUGCGUCCCGCCACAACCACCUCGACUUUGGUUGUGUGGUUCUGUGCGGCGUACAUACUAAGCGGUUUGACGCUCACCUCGAUGUGUGUGAAUAUGUUACAUGAAGAAUUUCUGCAGCGCAUGCAGGUUGUCGUGAAGUUUAAGAAGUUCGCCACUGCGCCGAAGGAGCGCCGAAGUUUCUAUGGCGUGCCGCCUUGACCAUGCGGCGGGCGGUGGGAUGUUGUGUGCAUUCGUGAUGAUGACGCAGCUCUUUGUGUAUUGGCGCACACUUUGAGGUCGCUGUGCGGUGAGGAAUUUCUACGUGCCGCGACAUUAUUUUUGCGGCAGCAGCUGAAAUUAAAGCGUUGGAGGAACGAUGCGGAAUAAAAUUUGACUUGGAUGACUGUGUGUAUGUAUGUGUGAGCUGUAAAACGUGUGAAUUCGUUCAGUUUGAUUACAAAACCGUGCCAAGAUGUGAUUAUUUUUAAGUGUUACUCACAUUUAAGUUAGCUCGUAAAGGAAGAAUUAAUUUCUCUCCGAAACUUUUAUUUUCACAAUUAAGCUUAAAAUUCUGCGAUUGAUAUGCAAUUCUAUUUGAUGUGACAACUGCAGAGAGCAACAGCAUCGCCUGGAGCUGACAAUGAGACGCACAAAAUAAAACACCAACAAUUAAAUCGGCAGCCAACUCACAACAAAACUCUCGUCUCUUUGCUACGCUGCGACACAAUUAACUGUUAAAAAUUUAAACAUCAACGUUGACUAUAACGAAAAUUUAAUUUCCACGUAAAUUGAGAUGAGUUGAGAAAGUUUGCCCAUCGCCGUCGAGCGAGUAAAAUCGAGUGAGCGACCUCUUGCGGCCGCACAGUGACUACUGCGGCGAGCAGAGAGAUUAAGUUACGUGUUCGUGCAGACGCAACGCAGUUCAAUUUCGCGUAACUACGCGAAACGUGACAAAUGACAAAAUAAAAAGGAAAAUGAAAAUAACAAAUAUAUAUAUUUUUUCCCUUCGUUGACGCCGCGUUAAGUAGGCGCAAAGAAAAUGUGUGCCAGCGAAAGUUGACAGUUGCCUGACAGUUGACAGUGAAAGUUAAGCUGCGGCAGCUGCCAAAAUUGACAACUCAGCUGACGCUGAUAACUCCCGCUGUCACUGUGGUGGCUGCGGCUGUGGUAGAUGCUCGAUGGCGGCUCUCGACUGGCAUUGGUGCAGUCGCUGCUGUCAUUUGCAUAUUUCAAAUAUUUAAAAGUGAAUUUGUGGGCACGAAAAGUUUUAAAAAAAUUAAAAAAUAAUAAGAAAAAGAAAAAAAUUAAAUUAAAUCAUAUUGCGUUGUAAUAAAAUUGUAGUAUUUAAUUAGUACUAAUCUAUACAAUAAUUACUUAAUAAAAAGUUUUAGAAAUAAUUUGAGGCUUUUGG